AUGCCUGAAAUUUUUGAAAAACACCGAGAAAUAGUUGCGAGUAAAACGGGCGAAUAUCAGGCAAUGCUCAAAGUUAGAAUCGAAAAAUUUCAACAGGAUCUUCAGCUUUAUGCAAAAUAUUGUGACGAAUUACAAUAUUGGGGCAAUAUCGAGGAGAUACAACGAUAUAAGAAAAAGGCUGCGAGUCUUGAUAAAAAGUUGAUAGCUGCUAUGGAUAUAAUCGCAGAAUUCAAUGAAGAGGAGAAAUUAUUCGAUUGGGAAAUGUCACAAUAUCCUUUAAGGAAGAAGAUAGCGGAUAAAUUGGCACCCUACAAAAAAUUCUACGAUAUUGCCUGUGAAUUUUUAACUAAUCAUGAAAAAUGGACUGAAGCUAUGAUAGGCUUGUACGAUCCUGAGGUGAUCGAGACCGAAACGAGCAAUGCAUCUCGCUUAGUGUUCAAGUUGGAAAAAACUUUUGAAGAACCUGCGGUGAGGAAGCUGGUAGAAAUCGUAAAGAUGAAAAUCGAAGAGUUUAAAGAGCAUAUGCCGGUAAUACUGACUCUCGGAAACCCCUCUCUGAAGAGCCGUCAUUGGGAGCAGAUUUCGGAAAUUGUUGGAUUUCCGAUAAAAAUCGAUCAAUAUAUGACAUUGGCCAAGGUAAAGGCAAACUUAACUUGCUUGUCACUUGACUCAGACUCAUUGUAAUCGUAUUUAUACUUCAUAGAUUCUCGACUAUGGUUUAGGCGAUUACGUCGUGA